UAAAAGCCCAGUCUUCUCUGACCUGACAAACCAUUACAAAUCCCUGCAAGACAGAUCCCAGACAUGAUGCUGCCUCCCACAGCCCUCCACAGCAUGUCCUGGAUGCUGCUUUCCUGCCUCAUGUUCCUGGCUCAGGUCCAAGGUGAAGACUCCCAGAAUGAUGUGCCCGCUCAACGGAUCAGCUGUCCCAAAGGCUCCAAGGCUUAUGCCUCCCACUGCUAUGCCUUCUUUAGGACACCAAAAUCCUGGGUGGAUGCUGAUUUGGCCUGCCAGAAGAGGCCCUCGGGACACCUUGUGUCUGUGCUCAGUGGGGCUGAGGCAUCCUUUGUGGCCUCCCUGAUCAAGAACAGUGCGAACACCUACUCAAAUAUCUGGAUUGGGCUCCAUGACCCCACAGAGGGCUAUGAGCCCAAUGCAGGUGGAUGGGAGUGGAGUAGUGGUGAUCUGCUGAAUUACCUUGCCUGGGAGAAAGACCCCUCCACUAUUGCAAACCCUGGCUAUUGUGGGAGUGUGUCAAGUAACACAGGAUAUCUGAGAUGGAAAGAUUACAGCUGCGCUUCAGGGCUACCCUAUAUCUGCAAGUUCAAGGACUAGGUCUGAGGAGACAUCAGGAACCCGGGUUUUGUAUGCAGCUCGUCAUGGACUUGAGACCAAGUGUGAAGACCCAGUCUGGAAGGGAAUAAUCUCAAACCUGACCACUUCAUUCUGAACUGUCUUCCUCCCUGCUCAUUUAUCUUCAUGUUCUUGUGGUGUAUUACAUGGCCUGGGAUCUGAGAAUGCAAUAAUAAAUACUUCAUUCCAUUUCA